ACGAAACGUCCUAGAAUUGAAUUUUUACGAUAUAAUACGACGUCAGUCACGAUACAAACUCCAUACCAACGCGUUUUUCACGCGCAUCUCUUCUAUUUAUUAUUCAAUCAACCUGAAUUCAAAUUCAAUAUUAUAUUGAAAUGUAACUACUUAAAUAAUGUUAUAUAAUGCAUGUAUCAUAAGUUUGUGUCUAACUGUGCGAGUGUGUAAUAUAAAGUCCUGGCUUUGAAUCAUUCUAUUGAUUUUAUGCGGGAUGAUCGAUAUUUUAUUAAUUAAACUAUUAAAUUCACAUCACUGCACACCGAAUAUGUAUUAUUUCAAACUUCUUCGGUCUGUUGAUGUAACUGAGGUCAAUCGGUACGUUUAUUAUCAAAAUUUGUUAUCUUUACCUAAACCCUGAGAAACGAUCGUCAUUGGUACGACCACAGAUUGAAUCGAAGUAUUCGGUGUCGUAACAGCGACGCGAAAUUUUGAUGAACGUACGACAUACAAGUUCAAUGUAAGACCCACGAAUCGUUCGAAUAUUUUUCAUUGUCAUCAGUUGCUCCUCCGCCGAAUCCGAGGACAGUAUCGUCGUCAGAAUGACUCCCUUUAAAGAUUCGUUGAAAACUUUAAGAAUCGUGAAGUGGAAACGAUUCGUCGCUCUAUAUCUCUUCGUAAACUUUCUCCUGGCUAUUUCCGUGGCCCAAAAUUUAUCCGUUCCUACGUCUGACAAGUUUUAUCAAGAUGUUUUAGAUGCAGCGAUGCGACUGUCGCCCGCCUCCGUUUCGGAAUUACAAGAUAGCCCAGCUCCCUUCGGCGCACACCUGUCAGCUAAGUACAACAAGAGCCUCGCUUAUCGUGUAACACUCGUCAUCUACCCAUCCGUUGUACACGUGGUACACGAUCAACUAGUUAAGGACGCUGAAUCAUUGGUUCAAAAAUACGGAAAGGCCGGUGCUGAGGAUGUGAACAAUACUUUGAAAUACCUCGAGGUAAUGGAGGACGAUAUUCGCAACAACGCACCCCUGACACCUAUGGCUUAUUCUUCUGACGAGAAUGACACCAGUUUGGACAGUGUUAAAAGCUACAACGAUUAUAUCGAAGAACUCGGUAGAGGAAAAAACAUUCCGAAAUGGUUGAACAGUCCGUGGAUAUACACGGAAGCAUAUCUAUACCGAAGGAUUAUUCAAGGAUUUCUUAUCACAGAAACAUUGAGGACCUAUGAUCCGUAUGGUGGACCAAAAACAACGCUUUUCGAAGGAUCUGUGGAUAGCAUCGUUCAAUUGGCUACUUACUUCUUGUCAGAUUUUAACGGAGGUGCGACCGCUUCGCCGGAGAAUCUUCGAUCGAAAUUCGUAAGCCUCCUAAAACUAGGGGUUUGGGGCAAUAGGCGUGAUUUGGCUAUAACGAGAGGGGCGGGUAAUGCCGAAGUUGGAAAUCCGUUGGAUUUGAUCGAUGCCCUGGACGAAAAACUGCUCGCUGAUGAUUCCGGUUUUGUGUGGGAUCUGAUAUCGUCGGGAGCGAGAAGAGCUAAUGGGACGAAGAAAGUCGAUAUCAUACUGGACAACGCGGGAUAUGAAUUUUUCACCGAUCUUUGCCUGAGCGUUUUUAUUAUCCGGCAUAAUCUCGCUGACCAAGUACGAUUUUACGUCAAAACUCUACCCUGGUUGAGCAGCGACGUGACGACGAGAGAUUUUCAUUGGACGAUCGAUCGCAUGAAGAAUCACGAAAAUCCUGCACUCUCAGAGUUUGGAAAAAUCGUGGAGGAUUAUCUCAAAACUGGUACAUUUACCAUAGAGGAGGAAUCUUACUGGACCUCCCCGUUCCCUUAUACCGAGAUGCCGCGGAGGGAUGCCGCCUUGUACGCCAAACUAGCGGAAUCUAGUUUGAUAAUAAUUAAAGGAGAUUUAAGUUACAGAAAACUAUUGGGUGACAUCAACUGGGAAUAUACGACCAGUUUUCAGCGCGCUCUUCAAGGAUUUCUACCCGCUAACUUGGUUAUUCUGCGGGUGAUUAAAGCGGACAUGUGUACCGGAUUGAAACUCGACUCUGCUAACAUUGUAGAAAAAUCGUUCGCAAAACCCCAGCCGUUUGAUGACGGAUAUGGGCUGAUACAGGCAAAUUUUGGGGCUUGAACCCAGAUCGGAUCGUUUCGAAUGACCGUUUUUUAUGCAACUCAAUGAAUGUAAAUUAUCUUUUAUUUAUCUGAACGUAAAAAAUCCAUAUGUCAUGCGAUAAGUGCAUGUUUUUGAUAAAGAGCAGAAUAUUUAAUCAUUUGAGAUUCUGGAACAAAGUCGCAACCCACAUAAAUCCAGUCUUUCAUAA